AUGGCGACUAUCGAGCCCCAUAGCGCGUCUUCAGAGCUAUCCAAAGCCCAUGAUGUCGAAAAGCAACCAGAAAUCAACGAGACAGGCGGGCUUGACAUCCGCCAUGGCAGCGUCACUCCCGCGUACGAAAUCGCGCGAGCAAGACAUCUCCAGAACAGUUUUGCACCCCUCCGUUGGUUGAGCAGGGGAGAGGCUUGGCUCGAUGAAAAGAUGGGGAUUGAAACGCAAGGUGUCGACCGCAUUCCCGAAGAAGAGAAACGUCCGCCUUCCACGGUCAAUAUCUUUUUCAUGUGGUGGUCCAUGACCUGCCACGUUGGGACCCUCCCUCUUGGUGUCCUUGGGCCCGAAUUUGGUCUUACACUGGGUCAGUCGGUCGCCGCUGUCGUUGUCGGCACAAUUCUCGGCGCGCUUUGCACGGCAUACACUGGCACUCUCGGGCCUAAGACCGGACUUCGGCAGAUCGCGAUCUCUCGCUACUCGUUCGGCUUCUGGGGAGCAAAGCUCUGCAGUGUCCUGAAUGUGGUCGUUGGCGGCGGCUUUGCUGUCGUCAAUGUGGUCAUCACAGGGCAAAUGCUGAGCGCAGUUAGCGACUACACAGUCUCGAUCGCUGUGGGCUGCGUCAUCGUUGCCAUAAUAUCCUAUGUGGUGUCCGUCUUUGGGUUUUCCAUCAUCCACACUGUCGAGAAAUAUAGCUGGAUUGUGUCCUUCAUCCUCAUCUGCGUCUUGAUCGGUCAAGCUGCGCCGCACGUCGGCCCUAGCGCCCCAGGAUUCCCGUCCUCGAAUCUCGAGACUGCCGGCUCGUGGCUCAGUUUCAUGGCUAUUUGCUUUUCGAGCUCCUCCGGCUGGUGCUCCAUUGCUGCCGAUUACUACUGCAAUUACCCUGCCACCACCAAGUCGUCAAAGGUCUUCUUCCUUACCCUUGCUGGCGUGACACUGCCAACCGUCUUCGUAACGGUUGUUGGUUCUUGCAUUGGCAACGCCGCCAUACUGAACGCGUAUCCGCCUUAUGCAGCUGCCUACGAGGAUCAUGGCUUGGGCGGCCUGUUGCGCGAAAUCUACCACCCGUUGGGUUGGAGCAAAUUCUGCUUGGUGAUCCUCACCUUCAGUGUUAUUGGCAACAACAUUGCCAUCAACUAUUCUUCUGGCCUGUCCAUCCAACUUCUUGGCCAUUGGUUCCACGCUGUUCCCCGGUUCAUCUGGUCCUUUGGAGUCGCCUUGGUCGUCGCUCUUCUCGCAAUCAUCGGAAAGGACCACCUCUCGACCAUUGUUUCGGAUUUCGUGUCCCUUCUCGGCUAUUGGACCAUAUCUUUCACCCUCAUCCUCUUGAUCGAGGACCAAUGGUUCCGCAAGCGCUCUGGUGAGGGAUACAACCUGGAGGUUUGGGAUAUGCCGAAAAAGCUCCCGUUAGGGACCGCAGCUACCUUCUCCCUGCUUGCUGGAUACCUUGCUGGUGGUGUACCUGGAAUGGCUCAAGUUUGGUAUGUCGGCCCUAUCGCCCAGAAAUUUGGACCCUUUGGCGGUGAUGUUGGCGUCUACAUGUCCGGCGCCAUCACCCUCUUUUGUUACCCUCCUCUACGAUACUACGAGAGGAAGAAGACGGGCAGGUAG